AUGCCAGGUGCUGUCGUAACGCUUGCCGAUGGGAUCCCGAAGGUGGUUGACCGGGCCGUGAAGAAUCUCAAUUCGGUGAAGGAGGCACGCAAGUUGAUUUUCGGCGCCCUUGGCCCGCUCCAGGGCAUCAGCGAUGAGGCGAAUCGCUUAAUUAGCUCCCUGAUCCUGGUCAAGGAUGUUGCGAGCCUCCAGCCGGCAGGCAUCGGCCAGCAGGCAUACGACAUCAUGGACCUUGCCGCUCGCCUUAACGCCUCCAUGAUGAUCAUCGGUGCCGAGAACCGGCGUCUCGGCGAGCCGCGCGAGCUUCAUGCCGGCGACCCCGAGUAUAUCCACCUCGCCACCAUGCUCGGCCAGCUCCGCAGCGCAAGGACUGCUCUGACCGAGUCCAUCAUCAUGAUCCGCGUCGGGAUCUCCGGGAGCGCCCGAGACGGAUUUCGUGUUGCACGCGAUCGCCUCCUCAGUGUCAACAACAAGGUCAGCAGUGUCCUCGGCAUCAACUUGGCCCUCUAUGACCAGCUGUACGACAAACUCAUGAUCAAAAAAGAAAUGGUCAUCGAGCUGGAGGACUCGGAUGCCGAGCGCCUCGGACUGCCUCGCCUUUCUGGACUUGUUGUCGAGGAAUGGCGUACGGCAGUCGGAAACGAGACGGGGAUCGCGCGCUUUUCCUAGUGUGAACAGACCCCCAGGCAGCCCGACAUGGAAAAAGCACAACUGCCAUUUCUGUCCUUACCUGAUGAUCAAACAAAAAUAUGGCACACGGCGGAUACCUGUCCUUUUGGAUACCCCAGCAUCGCAGUCGAGGGGGCGGCAAUUGUUUGAUUUUUAGUUUUGCGCGCGUUACCAGGUCAAUGACCUCCAAUAUGAUAGCCUCCAUGAAUGCUCCAAAUUUACCCCAUAACCAGUGCC